AUGUCGUCAUUUCACCACUUCAGGCCACUGGUAGCAGGAACAGAUGUGGCGCCAGACAGCCACGCGUCACUGCCUGCAUUCCGCCACGGGGAUUUCCUGAAAGCUCUCACGAUCAAACUGGUGGAGACAUACAGCACUUGCAGCAGCGAUUUCACGUUCAAGCGCGAUUCUGUACCAAGGAGAGUGCUCACGAAGCCCUACGAGGCAGCUCACAAUAAUGGCUUCGAUAACAGCGAAUUCGAUUACAUAUGUCGAGUCCGCGACACCAUAGAAUCAGAGUCUGGGAGUUCUUAUGAGAUACUGGAUUGGCUCGGGCGAGGCACAUUUGGGCAAGUACUGAAGUGCCAGGUGAGCAAGCGAAGCGACCUCGUAGCGCUGAAGGUGAUCAAGAACAAGCCCGCCUACACCGAACAGGCGCGGGUGGAGGUAAAUGUUCUGCAGAGGCUGAACGAAAUGUUCGCGAAGACGGAGGAGGACCGCCUCGUCCGCAUGAUCGAGCAUUUUACUUUCCGCAGGCACCUGUGCAUCGCCUUCGAGCUGCUGCACGAGAACCUCUACCAGGUGCUGCAGCGCCGCGGCUACCGCGGCCUGAGCCUCGCGAACACCAGGCUGGUGACGGGACAGCUCCUCGAGGCGCUGGCGCGCCUGCGGGACGCAUCGAUCAUCCACUGCGACCUGAAGCCGGAGAACGUGAUGCUCGGCUGCCUGAACCCGAUCAGGAUCAAGCUCAUCGACUUCGGGUCCGCGUGCCGCGAGGACCAGCCCCUGCACUCCUACAUCCAGUCGCGCUUCUACCGCGCGCCAGAGGUCCUCAUAGGGAUGUCCUACACCCGCGCGAUCGACAUCUGGAGCCUCGGCUGCAUCUGCGCGGAAGUCUUUCGGGGCCUGCCUCUAUGCGAGGGGCUUGCGCCAUUCCUCCUGCCCCCCAGCGGAGGACGGAGGAGGGAGGGAGGAGGAGGGAGGAGGGAGGUGGAGGCUCUGCCUGAUCGCGUAGCGAUUUGA